CAAAAAAUGAUAUAGGAGACAAUUCAGUUCUGGUGGCUCAUGGUUAAAACACACAAGAACUCAGAGGUAAGGAGCCACAGAAUUGCAGCAUGUUGAAAAACAUACUUGAAAAACCUCCUAACACCUCUUGCGAACUAGUCUUCUCAAUUUUUGUCUGCUAUUUUUGAUUUGAUUUUGUACCUGCACCCACGUAGAUAAUUUUUGUUGUUAGGGUUUAAGAGCUGACCACAAACUAAACUGUAGAUGAUGUACUCCAUGGUGCUGUCAACAGAUCAGUUUAUAAAGUAGUAAUGAAAAGUGAAUGAAUAUUAAUGAUCUAUGUCCAGAGGGACAUGUGUAAACAUUUUUUUAAUCUAAUGUAUGCACUCUAUUGAUAAAGCUUUGAAUGAUGAUGAUUUCAUUUCAUAAACUGGGGGUGUGCAUCACUCAUUUUGUCAUCCUGCCAUCAAGUCUUUUUUUUCCAGCAUCUUUCUUAUUUGUGAAAAAUUAAGGGAACACCUAAAUGGCACACCAGAUGUUGAUGAAGCAGUUAUUCAAGUUGAAAAUCCUGACUGAUGUACAUUGUAUAAUUUGCUGAGAACAAAAUGAUGUAGCAACGGUCAGUAGAAACCAAAAUCAUCAGUCACUCUGAUCUCUGGUGAAUGCCAAUCAAGCUGCCCAGUGCUGGGCUGUGAGCACAGGUCCCUCUAAAGGAUGUCGGGCCCUCAAGCCACCCUCAUGGAGGCUGUUUCUGACAGUUUGGUCAGAAACAUGCACACCAGUAGCCUGCUGGAGGUCAUUUUGUAGGGCUCUGGCAGUGCUCCUCCUGUUCCUCCUUGCACAGAGUAGCAGAUACUGGUCCUGCUGCUGGGUUGAUGCCCUUCUACGGCCCUGUCGAGCUCUCCUUGUCUCCUUAUUUCCUCCGUGCUCUUAAGACUGUGCUGGGAGACACAAAACUCCUUGCAACCACACAUAUGGAUGUGCCAUCCUGGAGAUGCUGGACUACCUGUGCAACCUGAUUGGGCUGCAGGUACCACCUCAUGCUACCAGUAGUGACAAGGACAUGAGGAGAAUGCAAACUAGAGAAGAAUCAGUCAGGAAGGAUAAGGAGAGAGCAACUGUCUGUGGACACCACAUAUGAAACCUUACUUUUUUGGGAGUUGUCUUGCUUUUGCCUCUCCAUUGCACCUGUUGUCACUUUGAUUUGCACCAAAGCAGCUGAAACUGAUUCACGAUCACUUGUGCUUCCUAAAUGGACAGAUUGAUAUCCCUGAAAUUUAUCUGAUUUGCUGUUAUACUGUGAUGACUAAAUGUGUCCUUAUUGUUUUUAGCUGUGUAUAUUGUCAUCCAUUGUGUUGUUAAGGUUGAUAAGUUUAUUUGCACAGUACUUUCAUGCAAAAAUCACGAUUUGCAAAUGGGUGUCAAAAAUCUACUCAUAGGUGAAACACUCCAUUGCAAAUAUUUUACAAGUAAUUUCAACCCUGACGCUGGGGUUAAACAAUUGUUCAGUAAAAAUGCCGACAGUUGAGGGCGGAACGAAAAAUACACGACUGUCGAAACUUGAGAGUGUAACACCCGGCGGAAGUAAGCAAAAUAAUUUCAACGGUCCCGUUUUCUGUAUUGUUUCAUUGACUUAGUUCAAGCAGGUUUGUUUGUCCUUAGGACAACUUGUUCUGCACUGAUGCUGGUUUGAUUUUAAACAAUUAAAGAGGGAACACAAAAAAAACCCAAAAAAAAAACCAAAAACAUGCGCCUCACAGUCGGAACUUAUCAGUGCCACAUCCGGCGGAAGUAAACAAUUUAAACGCAGCAGUCGCGAGGGAAUUUAAGCAGGUUUGUCCGCAAGGAAAAGUUGGAGUGACUGUAAUUGUGAUGAAGCAACAAUGUCUUCAGUUGAGUAUUUGAGAGGGUUUGUCAGCGAGAGACUAACUGCUGCUGCUGAAGAAAUAUUGGGAGUUUUUGAGAAAACUAUCGUCGAGUACGAGAAAGAGAUCGACCGUCAGCGCAGACUGUUGGAUAUAGCUUGGAACCCGGAAGUUAAUUUACACAGGAUACAGCUCCCACAGCAAGAUGUGUGUAAGGAGGAGGAGGUUGUCGCUGAGCAGCAGCUCUGUAUUGAGGAGAGGAAGUCCAGUGUGGACCAAGAGGAGCCAGAGCCUCCACAGAUUAAAGAGGAAGAGGAGGAAGUGUGCAGCAGUCAGGAGGGAGAGCAGCUUGACGUGAAGCAGGAGACUGAGACCUUUCUAGUGACUCGUAGUGAUGAGGAAAGUGAGCAGCAGCUCCUCUGUCACAGCUCUCAUGGAGCUGAGAGUGAAGAUGAGGAAGGAGACGAGCAAGGAGACUCAACAUCAAGUGGAGAAGCAGAGCCAGAAGAACAGAAUAGACGUCACAAGCGCAGAAGUCACACUAAGCGUGUAGACAACCCCAACUUAUCAGAGAUUGAUCAUAAUACUCACACAGAGCUCCCACAGCAAGAUGUGUGUAAGGAGGAGGAGGUUGUCGCUGAGCAGCAGCUCUGUAUUGAGGAGAGGAGCUCCAGUGUGGACCAAGAGGAGCCAGAGCCUCCACAGAUUAAAGAGGAAGAGGAGGAAGUGUGCAGCAGUCAGGAGGGAGAGCAGCUUGAAGUGAAGCAGGAGACUGAGACCUUUCUAGUGACUCCUAGUGAUGAGGAAAGUGAGCAGCAGCUCCUCUGUCACAGCUCUCAUGGAGCUGAGAGUGAAGAUGAGGAAGGAGACUCAACAUCAAGUGGAGAAGCAGAGCCAGAACAACAGAAUAGAUGUAACAAGCGCAGAAGUCACACUAAGCGUGUAGACAACCCCAACUUAUCAGAGACUGAUCAUAAUACUCACACAGGUAAAACACCUUUUAAAUGUGACACUUGUGGGAAAGCUUUCAAGUUUAAGUCUCGUUAUAUUUCACACCUGAGGGUCCACACAGGAGAGAAGCCCUAUUGUUGUAACACGUGUGGGAAAAAAUUCAGUCAUAUGUCAACUCUGAACAUUCAUGCAAGAAUCCACACAGGUGAGAAGCCAUUUCCUUGCAACACAUGUGGUAAAAACUUCAGAUGCAGUUAUAAAUUGUCAGUCCACAUGAGAACCCACACAGGAGAGAAGCCAUAUUCUUGCAGCACCUGUGGGAAAGGAUUCUGUCGGACAACAGAUUUGAAAACUCACACAAGAAUCCACACAGGUGAGAGGCCGUAUUCUUGCAAGACAUGUGGAAAAAACUUCAGAUGCAGUAAUCAAUUGUUAUUCCACACGAGAACCCACACAGGUGAGAAGCCGUAUCCUUGCAAGACCUGUGGGAGAAGAUUCACUCUGACAGCAGAGUUGAAAGUUCACGCAAGAAUCCACACAGGUGAGAGGCCGUAUUCUUGCAAGACAUGUGGAAAGGAUUUCAGACGCAGUUAUGAUUUGUCAGUCCACAUGAGAGUCCACACAGGUGAGAGACCGUAUCCUUGCAAAACCUGUGGAAAACAUUUUGGACAGAGCGGUACCUUGUUAGUCCACAGAAGAAGAGCCCACGCCGAUGAGAUGCCGUAACUUUGCAAGAUCUGCGGGAAAAGAUACUUUAAUGAGUGUCAUUUGAUAAACCACAUGAAAUCACAUACAGGCAAGUAGCCUUGUAUUUCAAAAAUCAUAUAGGAGACGAUUCAGUUCUGGUGGCUCAUGGUUAAAACACACAAGAAGUCAAAGAAGUGAGGAGCCACAGAAUUACAGCACAUUGAAAACAUACUUGAAAAACCUUGACACCUCAUGUCAACUGGAGACCUUUCUUUUUUUGUCUGCUACAUUUAAUUUGAUAAUUUUUUUGGUAUUUUGUAAAUGCAUCAAUGCCACAGCUGACUACAAGCUAAACUGUAGAUGAUGUACUCCAUGGUGCUGUCAACAGAUCAGCUUAUACAGUAGUAAUGAAAAGUGAAUGAAUAUUAAUGAUCUGUGCCCAAAGACAUGUGUUCUCUUUUUUUAACUCAUCUAUGUAUCCAAACACUAAAGAUUUGUACUGUGAUGAUUUAACAAUAAUAAACCCUCUAGAGAUGUUGGAUCACUUACGUUUUCAUCCUG